AUGCCAAGGAAGAAGCUGGAAAUGCCCAGAAAGGGCAUAAUGAGAGGCUCAAGCAUGAGGAAGUCGAUGAGGGAAACCCGGGAGAUUAUUGUUCAACAAUCUGUGACACCAUUCCGCAACAAAAUUGAUGUGCCUGAAGUUAUCAAAGCUAGCUUGGAAAAGAAGUCGAUGGUAAGUUGAGUUUAAUUAGGUUUUUUUGGUUUUAGGUGAUGGAGAGAUGGAGGAAGGUGAAUAUUAGGUGUAAAAAGAGCGUUUUUGAAUUAAAAGAUGUUGUAAAAAUUGAUAAAAACGAUUAUAAAUAUGUUUCGAAGGUUUUAAACAAGUAUUUGAUAGCUUUUCUAGUUUUUUUACAAUUCUUCUGUCCUUUCGUGGUCGGAUGAGGAUGAAUAAUAUAAAAUUUUAGUUUUUUGCUAGUUGCCUUGUGAUUCCUCUCUGUAACUGUUAGAAAAUGAUUUUUAGAUGUCAAUGCAAGAAUUUUGAGGUUUAAUAUAUUAACUUUUGCUUUAGCUUUUUCAAAUUUUGAAAUAUUGGUUUUGAUUAAAGGUGGAUAAAAUAAUUUUUGGAUUUUGCGGUCUUUUGAUAAGUUAAGUUGUUGGAAUGUCUUGUAAACCUUGUAAAGGUAAUAAUUGAGGUUUUUAAUGCAAUAUUAGUUACGCUGUCUAAAGUUUUAGCUAAAAAUAUCCACUUUAACUUUUACCUAUUUAUAACCUAAAACAAUGUUCAUUUUUUCAGCGUCAAAACUCAUUUGGACCUCCAAUUGAUCAGAUAUCACGUCAGAAGAUUCCCAAUGCUCCUGUCAAGGAUUCAAAGACAACUCCACUUGGUAUGAAGUUGGCUAGAAGGCAUCCGAGGGCAUGUACUGAGCUGGUGAACAAAAUUAUGAUGAUCGAUCUUCCUGUCAAAAUGAGGCGUCGACGUCGAACCAAGAAGGCGAAGGAUGAUAAAAAAGAGGAUACAGGGGAUCAGAAGUCUUGA